AUGAAUUCUCAGCAGCCAAGAAGAAACCCAUUCCUCAGUACUAGACCAUCAACAGAUUUGGAAGAUUCCACCAAAUCAGCUGUUCUGCGGGUUCUAGAAUUAGAUCUCUGCCUAGAGGACAACCACGAUGAACACCACACAAGUCACUUUUAUACGGCGGCUGCCAAGGAAGCACUGAUCGUGAGAAGGGGAGAGCCUUUCAGGCUAAAGAUCCAUUUCGAUCGUGACUUCAAUCCCAGCAAAGAUGCCAUCAGCUUCAUUUUCACCGUGGCCGAUGAAUCCAAACCGACUUCUGGAAAGGGGACCCUGAGUGCUGUGGCCCUCCAUGAUGGCACUGAUUAUCUAGGGGACCCUUUGGAAUGGUGGGCUGGCAUUGAAUCCAAUGAAGGUCAAGUGCUCACCGUGCUAAUCAAACCGCCAUCCAACUGUCCUGUGGCGGUGUGGAAACUGGACAUCGACACCAAGCUUCUGGGCGAUGGAUCAAGGAGCUAUCCCCUCCCACUUCCCAUCUAUGUGCUCUUCAAUCCCUGGUGUCCGGAUGACCGGGUUUAUCUUAAGGAUCGUGACCAGCGCAAGGAGUACGUGAUGCACGAUACAACGCUCAUUUGGAGGGGAUCUUGCAACAACCCACGUCCUUCGGCUUGGAAAAUCGGACAAUUUGAACGUCAUGUGCUCGAGUGCAGCUUGAAGGUCCUGGGAACUGUGGGCAGGAUACCUCCAGCCUUUAGAGGUGAUCCCAUUCGAGUGGCUCGGGCUUUAUCGGCCUUGGUGAACUCAGUGAACAACGAUGGUAUAGUAGUGGGCAAAUGCUCGAACGACUUUUCGGACGGUGUCGCACCUUUUAAGUGGACCGGUUCGACGGAGAUCCUGCAGCAGUUCUACAAAACCGAAAAGCCAGUGAAGUAUGCUCAGUGUUGGGUGUAUAGCGGUGUCCUGGCCACUAUUGCCAGGAGUCUGGGAAUACCGACUAGGAUCGUCACCUGCUUCUCCGCUGCUUAUGAUUCCGAAGGCUCUUUGACAGUAGAUGUGUUUUUAGACCAGAAUAACAAAAAAAUGUACGCUGAGUCUGUGGAUUCAAUAAGGGACUAUCAUGUGUGGAACGAACUGUGGAUGCAGCGACCGGACUUGGGAGUGGGUCAGUUUGGAACCUACGAUGGCUGGCAGGUGGUGGAUGCCACUCCGCAGGAGGCCUCCGAUGAUAUGUACCGAGUGGGUCCUACAUCUGUUUUGGCUGUGAAAAACGGUGACAUCCUCAGUUCUUUCGAUGGUGGCUUUGUCUUCGCGGAGGUGAAUGCGGAUAAGCUCUACUGGCGCUACAAUGGCCCCAGUCAACCGCUGAAGCUACUCAGGAAGGACACCCUGGCCAUAGGCCAUCUGAUCAGCACCAAGGCGGUCCUGAAAUGGGAAAGAGAGGACCUCACUGAUACCUACAAACAUGCAGAGCGUUCCGAGGAAGAAAGAAGCACUAUGCUCAAGGCCCUCAAGCAAUCCCGUCACGCCUUUAGUCGGUACUAUCUGAACGACAAUUUCAACGAGAUUGAGUUCGAUAUGGAGCUGAAGGACGACAUCAAGAUCGGGGAAAGCUUCAGUGUGGUCCUAAAGGUGACCAACAAGAGCGACAGUCGCACCCACUUGGCCACGGGUCAAAUCAGUUGCGAUGCCGUUCUCUACACCGGAGUGGGUGCCGUGGAGGUCAAGACCCUGGGCUUCGAAUUGGAACUGCAGCCCAAGAGUAGCGACUUCGUUCGCAUGGAGGUCAUUUUUGAGGAGUACUUCGAUAAGCUAUCCUCGCAGGCCGCCUUCCAGAUCUCCGCAGCAGCCAAGGUUAAGGACACCGACUACGAUUACUAUGCCCAGGAUGACUUCCGAGUGCGCAAGCCGGACAUUAAUAUCAAUAUGGGAAGGACUGGCAUCGUAGCCAAAAAUGAGAUGGAUGUGAGCUGCACCCUGGUCAAUCCACUUCCCAUUACCUUGCACGAGGGUGUGUUUAUCGUGGAGGGACCGGGCCUUGAGAAGCCUCUGAAGUUCGAGAUGGAUGAUAUUGCAGUGGGCUCCGCCGUUGGAGUCAGCUUUAAGUACACUCCGCCCUAUGCGGGGCGUGGCACAAUGGUAGCCAAGUUCACCUCCAAAGAAUUGGAUGAUGUGGAUGGCUACAAGCACUACGAAAUUGAGCCCCGACCAGAGGAUCUGCUGCAACCCAACGGAAACCAUCGGAGGAGCAACAUCAUCCGCAGACAAACCGAUGUUAUAGCCUAA